UGGAAACGCUAAACAUCUUUGUGGGCGUUCACUACAGCAAUUUGUGUAUUUCGCUUGUCAUGUUCACGAGUAGAUGGCUUGCAUGUAUUUGACCGAUACAACAGAAGAUACGGAACACUUGGAAUUUGGACUAACGUUAAGUCUAAUGCCCCUGGUGCAUUCCUCCAGCAUCAGCAAUGGGCUGCGUGACCACUGGGAUAUGAUUUCGAGGAUUGCAUCUAUAUUCUGCAUAAUUUUCGGCAGCUGCACCAGUACAUCCUGAACAAUCCUGACCGUAGAUGAGGAGUGAACUGUUGCCUUCGGUUUCCUCCCCUGGUGUCUGGAGUUUUGUCAGCAAUGGCCAGCCCACACCUGGCUAAUCUCGCCGUUGCGUGGGAAAAGUAUAUGGACUGCCGCUCACAAGGAGCUGAUCUACAGGUCAGUUUGCAGUGCCUGGAGGGCUUUCUGUGCCUGUUCCACUGCGUGCGACACGUCCAUGUCCACGCCGCCGCCUCCAAAGAUGCACUGAAGUUCUGCUCGGAUAUGAGCGGGGCCAGUAACACGCUGGCGCGGGAGUUCCUGACGGACGUGCUGCAGCUGUGCAGUACGGUGGCCCAGCGGUCAGAGACGCGGGAGGAUGAGGAAGAGGAGAGCCACAUGGUGGCGCUGGGGGAGUACCUGGUGCGAGGACGCGGCUUUCUCCUGCUCAGCACCCUGGACUCCAUCAUAGACCAGGAGCUGACCUGUCGGGAGGAGCUACUGACCCUGCUUCUGUCACUGUUGCCGCUCGUCUGGAAGAUCCCAGUGCAAGAGGAGAAGGCCCCAGAUUUCACCCUGCCUUCUCUGCUGGAAGUGUUCCUUAGCCGGGAGGGAAGGACCGUCCCUCUGAAGGCAGGGCAGGAAAAGGCCGGCUCCGAUGCUCAGAAUUCCGGCAAGCGCCUGUCUGGUAGUUGGAAGUCCCGUCGGUCACGGCGGACCGCCCAGCGCUACUCGGUGAGGGAUGCGCGAAAGUCCCAGCUCUCCACCUCGGACUCAGAAGCCGGAAACUCGGACGACAAGAUCCCAGCUCCGGGGUCCAAGCACCGCAGGUCUCACGGCUCUACCCUCCGCGUGAGCUGGCAACACCACCAAUCAGACGCCCUUCCACAGCCAAAGCAGCCGGCCACACCCCAGCGAAAUCCCAGCGCCGACACCAUGAACACGCUAGAGUGCUCCCAGCCCCAUCCCAGGCUCUUUGGCCCACAGGGGCUGGACAAUGACGUACUAACAGACCCUACAGCCCUCUCCAUUUUCAAUCGCAUGGAGAACUCCCCCUUUGACCUAUGUCACGUCCUGCUGUCCUUGUUGGAGAAAGUGUGCAAAUUCGACAUGACCAUUAACCACAACCCAGGUCUGGCUGUGGUGGUGGUACCCACGCUCACAGAGAUCCUCACUGAGUUUGGGGACUGCUGUGGGCCAGGAGGUGGAAGCAGUAGUAGUGGAGGUGGCGGUGGUGGAGGCAUCGAUGAACUGGCAGGAGGCUGGACGGAGGAACCCAUCGCCCUGGUCCAGCGAAUGCUCCUGCGCACCAUCCUGCAUCUGAUGUUCGUGGACGUGGGCCAGAGCGAGGCGCUGCCGGACAACCUGCGUCGCAGCCUGACGGACCUCCUCCGUGCCACGCUCAAGAUCCGCCACUGUCUGGAGCGGCAGGCGGACCCCUUUGCUCCGCGUCCCAAGAAGACCUUAGAGGAGGUCCGAGAGGACUUCUCCUUCUCGCGAUACCGGCACCGGGCGCUGCUCUUGCCCGAGCUGCUGGAGGGAGUGCUGCAGGUGCUACUAAGCUGCCUCCAGGCCUCGGCACCCAACCCCUUCUUCUUCAGCCAGGCCCUGGAGCUGGUCCACGAGUUCGUGCAACACCGUGGGCUGGACCUCUUUGAGGCCACAGCCCUGCGGCUGGAAAGUUUGGGCAUGACAAAGGACACGGAAGUCGGCGGGGAGGCAUCCGAGCGCCUGCGAGGUUUGGUGGCCAGCAUGCUCAAGAUCCUCAGCGCCAUCAAGAAGGCCAAGUCGGAGCAGCUGCACCAGACGGUGUGCGCCCGGCGUCGGCAUCGCCGCUGCGAGUACUCCCACUUCCUCCACCACCACAGAGACCUCACCGGCCUGCCCGUCUCUGCCUUCAAGCAGGCCGCCCGACGCAACCCCUUUGAGGAGGAGGCAGAGGGCGAGGUGCGGUACCCGGAGCGCUGCUGCUGCCUGGCGGCCUGCGCCCACCAGUGUCUGCGGCUGCUCCAGAGGCUGGCGCCCACCGGCUCCACCAUCCUGCAGGUGCUGGCCGGGGUGCAGGCGGUGGGCAUCUGUUGCUGCAUGGACCCAAGGUCCGUAGUGGAGCCGCUGCUGCAGGCCUUCCAAGCCCCCGGGCUGCGCAGCUACCAGUCCCACGUGCUGAGCGUCCUGAGCCGGCUCGUCCUGGAGCAGCUGGGCGGCAGCCAGCCCUCGGAGAAGGCCAAGCUGGCGUCCUGCAACAUCUGCACCCUCGACAGCAGCCAGCUGCCCAGCCUGGAGGAAACCCUGCAUGGAUGCCCUCCGAGCGGCGAGGCCGUGUCCUCCACCACCUCCCCGAACCUCUCGUACCGCUCCAAGGGCAUCUUGCCCAGCGGUGCUGCCGAGGACAUGCUGUGGAAAUGGGACGCCUUGAAGGCCUACCAGGACCUGGUGUUUGGUGAAGACUGGCAGCUGAGCCAGCAGAUUGCCGGGCAUUUGUGCCAGCUCACGUUAAGAGGUAACGCAGUGGUACAGUGGCAGCUCUACACCCACAUCUUCAGCCCCGUACUGCAGCGGGGUGUGGAACUGGCACACCAUUCCCAACAGCUGGGAGUCUCCACCACCUGUACCCAGGCCUGCACUUACCAUACCCACUGCCUGCCCAUCGAGGUACUGCUGGUCUACCUGCAGACUCUUCCUGCACUUCUCAAGUCAAGCCGGGUGGUGCGAGACCUCUUCCUGAGCUGCAACGGGCUCAACCAGGUGACGGAGCUGGUGUACCUGGACGCCACGCGCUCCUGGGCCCUCAAGGUGUUUGAGACGCUCAUCCUGUGCGGCUGGGAGCAGCCGGUCGAGACGUCCCUGCAGGAGCUGGAGAGGGCAGAGACCCUGGAGAGAGACGCCGUGCUGGGCCUGGUUGACGAGUUGAGGUCCCGAGACACCGGGAGCGGACCCGGGGAGGGUCCCCAAAGCUUCAGCAAGUUCUACGAGGGGCUAAAAGAGGCGUAUCCUGGACGCAAGAGCCGGACCGUGGGCAGCAGCGGGGCGACGGGAACCGUGCGGCAGAAAGGCGAAGUGCAGCUCAACGCCAUCAACCUCUUCCUGUGCGUUGCUUUCCUGUGCGUGAGCAAAGAGGCGGACUCGGACCGCGACUCGGCCAACGACUCGGAGGACACCUCGGGCUACGACAGCACGGCCAGCGAGCCCCUGGGCAACCGGUUGCCCUGCCUGUCCCCAGACAGCGUGGCGCUGCCCUCCAAGGAGCAGGUGCGCCGGGCCGCCGAUGUGUGGUCUGUCUGCCGGUGGGUGUACCUGGCCAGCCCCGCCUUCCAGAGGCAGUUCUUCCGGCUGGGGGGCCUGGAGGUGUGCUCACGCCUCAUGACCAUGGUCAUCCAGAAGCUCACCUGCAAGACCAAAGACGGCAAGCCCAAGAAGAAGCGGGACACCAAGGGCAAGGCCAGCCCGUCCCACCCUGGAUCCCCAACUCCGGCUUCCACCCCCACCCCAGGUCAGUCUGACCCAGGGUCCACGGAAGAGACCGUGCCGCAGGAGCCAUCGGGGCUCGGGACCAGGGAUUCGGCCCACAGUCUGGAGGAGGAGUGGCCCCUGCAAAGCAUCAGGCUCCUAGAGGCCCUGUUGGCCAUCUGCCUCCACAGCGCCACAUCAGCCCUGCAGAAGAUUGAGCCAGACCUCUCUCUGCAGCUGCAGUCAGUAGAUAAGACCCUGUGUGAGGUGCGGGACCAUCUCUCCCGCUCCGGCGUGGUGAACUCUGAUUUGUCCGUGCCGCUGUUUGACGCGCUGCUCCGCGUGUCUCUGGCCCAGGUCCACUCCAGCCCCGACACCUCUGAGGAGAAACCAGAGAGAGUGAGUCUCGAGUGGAGCAAAACAAAUAAGGUCCAGGCCACUGUGGAGGCGCCCGCCCUGGGGGGCGAACUGUCGGAGGACGCGGACGAGUCGCAGGUGUGUGGAGGGUGUCUGCCAGGAGAGGAGGAGGGCUACGAGGCCGACAGCGAGAGCAACCCAGAGGACUCAGCCCAGCAGGACGAAGGGGUGAAGGUGGAGUCGACCCCAUUGGGGGAAUGUGCGUUUGGGCCAGUGGUAAUGGCCGAGGGGCCUGGCCGGGGCUUGCUGCUCUUCCCAGAGAUCUGCACCAUGGAGCUGCAGCUGCUCGCUGCCGGCUCGCCGGACCUCGACGUGCUGGGCCAUGUGCUGCAAAGCCUUCUGGGAGCCGUGCGCAGCAACCACCGCAACGCCAUGCUCCUUUACAAACAGGGUGCUGUGAAAACCAUUCUCGGAGGCUUCCAGAACAUCUUGAGCCAGUUGGACCCCUGCUAUAAAGAGUGCCAAACUGUGCUGGUGGACCUCCUGGUUGCCAUGGUGAGUGAGCGGAUCACGGCAGAGGAGCUUGCACUGCUGGUGCGCCUCUUCCUGGAGAAGACACCGCCCACCGAGGUGCUGCUGAGGGGCCUGCUGAAGAUCGUGCAGGCCAACAUGCGCCUGCAGCCGCUGCACUUCCUCUCCUUCCCCUCCGUGCUGGGCCAGCCUCAAGCCGGCGGCGCCUCCCCGGGCCUCCGGCCCAACGGGGCGGCCGGGGGGAAGGGUGUGGGCAGCCUGUGGAGGGGCAAGCCUUCCCCGGGGGCGGACGGCCGUCUGGGGCACCUGCGCGCCUCCCCCUGGCACACUGCGCCUCUCCACCUGCCCCUGUUGGGGCAGAACUGCUGGCCUCACAUGGCGAGCGGAUUCAGCGCUGCCCUCUGGUUGAAGGCACUCCGGUCAGAGGAUGAGGAAGAGGGCCUUGCAGAGAGAGCAGAGGAAUCUGCGCCAGCAACCGAGGCCCUGCAGGCUGCCCCUGUAUCAGGGGAGAAAGCGGCUGACGAUGGCCUCUUCCACAUCCUCUCCAUGGGCUCAAAAGCCUUGAUGCUGCAGGUGUGGGCUAACCUCUCCACUGGCACCUUCACCUUCAGGAUCUGCGUCGACCCCAACGAUGAGAUGAAGGCUGGCCUGCUGGCCCAGGUGGAGUCUGGGGAGGGUCUCCUGAGCCCCGGCCAAUGGCAGCACCUCAGCCUCACCUACACGCAGCAGCCCGAGGGGAAGAAGAACGUCCACGGGUGUCUGGUCAUGUGGGUGUGUGGAGUCAGGAAGUGCGAGCUGUCGCUAGACUACAUGCUACCCAGGAAGUCCAGCCUUUCGUCUGACAGCAACAAGACCUACUGCAUGCUGGGACACUGCUUGCACACUUCGGAGGAGGUGCCUAAGCCAGGGGCACGCUGGGAUAUGGGCACCAUGCUACUUUUCAAUGGUUCACGAAUAGACACAGACGAAGCCUUCUAUCUGUAUGCCAGUGGGCCUGAUCUAACCUCUAUCAUGCCCUGCAAGUAUGGCAAGCCCAGUGGGACAUUUUCCAAAUAUGUAACACAGGAGGGUCUGCAGUGUGAGCAGGUCCGAGAGUUGCUAACGAGAAACGGUGACGUGGACACUUCACACCUCAUCGAGAACCUGGCGGUGGUGUACAUUCCCAGCACCCCAGGCAUGUACACCAUCUAUGAGCCGGUGAUCCGAAUGAAGGGCCAGGCCAAGACGGUGGUGUCCCAGCGGCCCUUCAGCUCCAAGGAGGUGCAGAGCUCCGUACUGGAGCCCCACGCCCUGCGCUCCAUGCAGCCCUGCCAGCCUCAGGACCUCCACAGCGUCCUGCACAAGAUCGGCGGCACCGGCAACUUCGUCUUCCUCUUCGCUCGGGCUGUGGAGCUCAGUGACUGCGAGAGGACCCAGGCUCUGGCUCUGCAGGUACUCCUGUCUCUGUUGAAGUUCAACCACCACCGCACACACGAGAUGGAGUGCUACAACGGCUACUCCAUGAUUCACCAGGUCCUCAUCAAGUCCAAGUGCAUUGUGGGAUACCACAUCCUCAAGACCCUGCUGGAUGGCUGCUGCAGCGAGCCUAUUCUGACCCUAGGGGAGGAUGGACACUUCCACCUAGAUGUGGAGUCCACCGCUGUGGUCCAGGACCUUAAACUCCUCUCGGAAAUCCUGUUGGACUGGAAGAUCUGGGCUAAAGCUCAGUGUGGUGUGUGGGAAACACUGUUGAAUGCGCUGGAGAUCCUCAUCAGGGUGCACCACCCACACCAGAUGUUCAACAUCCGGCAGCUGCUCAAGGCGCAGGUGGUGCACCGCUUUCUCCUCACCUGCCAAGUCCUGCAGGAGCAACGGGACGGCCACCUGACCGCAAUCCCUCAGGAGGUGUGUCUCUCCUUCGUCAAGAUCAUCCAGGAAGUGCUGGGCUCCCCGCCCGACCUGGACCUGCUCAAGCUGGUCUACAACUUCCUGCUGGCCGUACACCCCGCCACCAACACCUACGUCUGCCACACCCCCACCAGCUUUUUCUUCUCCCUGCACAUAGAUGGCAAGCUGUACCAGGAGAAGGUGCAGUCCAUGAUGCACCUCAGACACUCCAGCAGUGGGGGCAAGUCAGCCUGCAGCUCCCUGAUCUCUCUCUCCCCCACCGUCUUCACAGAGGGUCCGCACCACGAAGCUCCCUCCCCAGAGCAUGCUGUUGAGGACUCCUCCUCCCUGCGCCCCCCCAGCCUGCGUCCCUCCCCCUACUCAUCCCCGACCCUGAGCCCCCGCAUGGCCUACCGCAGCCCCGUCCACAUCCAGGCCAGCACCCCCACCGGGGCCCCCGAUGCUGAAGACUGCGGCGGCGGAGGUAGGGCCUCUCUGGCCUCUCAGCAGGUGCUGGGCAGCACGGAGACCCUGAAGCGCGGCGGUGACGAGCAGCUCCUCAGCAGCUGUGAGUCGGCCAAGACCAUCUGCGACUCGGUGGACAGUGGCGACGGGACGGGCGCUACCGCCACAGAGCCAGUAGUGAUGCGCCCCCCAGUCAUCAUCAACGUGGAGGAAGACGGGCAGGACGAGCCGCAGCAGCAGCAGCAGGAGGAAGGGGGCGACGCGGAGCACAGCCCUGCAGACGGGAGCCUAAGCGCCGAGUCCGAGGACCGCUUCGACUGGGCCAGCGAGGACGCCCCGCGCCGGCCCGACAGCCUAAAGGGCAUCCAGUCCUUCCAGCGUAGCCAGAGCAACUUGGCCAGCCUGGGCCUGGCCUUCCCGGCCCAGAAUGGCUCGCUGGCGAUUGGCCGCUGGCCCAGCGUGGCUGACCGCACGCCCCUCCCCGACGACUGGGAGAGCUACACCUACUCGCCGGGCUACGAGAGGGCACAGAGCAAGGCUGACUCCUGCAAUGAUCGGUCCAGCACGGAGGACUGCCUGGUGCUGGUGUGCUGUGGGCUCUAUGAGCUGCUGCGUGGAGUGCUGCUGCUUCUGCCUGACCUCAUGCUGGAGGAGGUGAUGGAUAAACUCAUCCAGCCAGAGGCGCUCAUCGUGCUCGUCAACCACCCCUCCCCGCUCAUCCAGCAGGGCGUCAUGAAGCUGUUGGAUGCCUACUUCAGCCGAGCCUUUAAGGAGCAGAAGGAGAAGUUCCUGAAGAACCACGGCUUCUCGCUGCUGGCCAAUCAGCUGUACCUGCACCAGGGCACUCAAGGUCUGCUGGAGUGCUUCCUGGAGAUGCUGUUCGGUCGGCCCGUGGGGCUAGAGGAGGAUCUGGACCUUGAGGAGAUGGAGCAGAUCUCUGCGUUCCGGAAGCGCUGCAUCAUCCCCGUGCUGGGUUUGAUCGAGAACUCCCUGUACGAGAACUCGCUGGUGCACAACGCCCUGUGUGUGCUGCUCCAGCUGCUCAACGCCUGCCACAAACUGGCGGACAUCUUGCUGGACCAUGGCCUGCUCUACGUGCUCUUCAAUGCACUGGCCACGCUGAAUGGCCUAGAGAACGGGAUUUCCCCCGGUGACUACCGGCUGCUGAUGUGUGACAUGCAGCAGCUGCUGGUGGCCGUGACCAUCCACUCCUGCAGCUCAUCUGGCGCGCAGUACUUCCGCAUCAUCGAAGACCUCAUCACUCUGCUGGGCUACAUGCAGACCAGCAAAGUCCGCCGCACUCAGGAAAUGGCAGUGGCCCUGCAGUUCCGCAUCCUCCAAUCAGCCAUCGAGUUCAUCAAGACAACAGCCAAUCAGGACCAGAAGCUGAGCAGCCCAGUGCAAGUGCCCACGUCCCCUCACCUUGCCAUCUAUCCGAAACGCAAGAGCAUCGCUGGUAUGAUGGGGCUGAAAGACUCCAUAAUCCCCCGUACUCCCCGCCAGCACUCCUACGGGCAGAUCCCCCUGCCGCUCCAUUUAAGCUACCUGACCCUGGACUCCCCACGUCCAUCUCCCAAGGGGUCUCCAGCCUAUUUCUUUCCCAGUGAUUCAGGCCGUCGGCGUUUCUCCCUAGUCCAGUCGGACUCGCUGCUGAUGCGGAUGCGUUCGGUGGCCAGUGACGAGCUGACCCAGAUGAUCCAGCGGCGCAUGAGUCAGGAGAACCCCAUCCGGGCCAGCGAGACCGAGUUCGUCCAGAGGCUGCAGCGCCUGGUGGUGCUGGCCGUCAACAGGCUCAUCUACCACGAUGCCGACCAGGACUUCUUUGAGCUCCUGAAUUUCCCAGAAUCCCCAGAGCACUUCCCCACCACCCCUCUGUUUGGUGACCAUUCCACGGAGGAAAACGGCUCCGCCCCGACCUCGCCCUCACCCCCAACCAACAUGAAGACCUUCCAGAAGGACAUCCUCAAGCUCAUGAUGGAGAGCAUCAAAAUCGGCCUGGGCAGUCAUGGUCGUGGCAGUGCCCCACGGCAGCAGUGGCGGCGUGUGCUAUGGUCGUGCCGGGACACGUUCCGCGUGCAGAUUGGCCGAAUGCUGGUGCACUCGCUCAGCCCCGUGCGACCGCUGGCCCAGAGGAAGGAGGCGCUGGAGUUCGUCCGCGAGCCCAGCCACCCCGAGAUCCUCCGCGAGAGCCUCAGUCCCGGCCUGGAGCACGGCCCCAAGCUGGUCCUGUACCUGUACGAGCUGCUGCGAAACCACAAGGACAGCCUGAGCAAAGAGGAGCAGUCUGCCGCCAACACCUUCAUGACCUCCCUCAAGCUGUGCGGCCAUCGCUGCAUCCCCCCCAACGCCCCACCCAAACCAGACCUGCUCAAGGCCAUCAAGGAGGAACAGCUUAAAUACGAAUCAGAGGAGAAGACCAGCAAAGGAGCCUGGGAGAAGAAGAUGACCAGCACCCAGAAGAGCCUUAUGCAGAGGCUGGACGGCAAAUCGAAGGACAUCUCCAAGAUUGCGGCGGACAUCACGCAGAAUGUGUCCCUUAGGCAGGGCAUGGAGAGGAAGAAAGUCAUCCAGCACAUCCGUGGCCUCUACAAGACGGACCUGAGCGCCAGCCGCCACUGGCAGGAGCUUGUGCAGCAGCUUGCACACGACCGGGCUGUGUGGUACGACCAGGGGUCCUAUCCCACCUCGUGGCAGCUGGACCCCACGGAGGGCCCCAACCGUGAGCGGCGGCGGCUGCAGCGUUGCUACCUCACCAUCCCCAACAAGUACCUACUCAAAGACCGCCAGAAAAUGGAGGAGUCAGUGAGGCCGCCGCUGGCGUUCCUGUCGGAGGAUAAGACCCACUCCUCAUUCUCCUCUACGGUGAAGGACAAAGCCACCAGUGAGCCCAUCAGGUUUACCAGAAGGUGCAUCAGUGUUGCUCCGUCCAGAGAGACAGCAGGAGAGCUUCUACUGGGGAAGACUGGGAUGUACUUUGUAGAGGAUAACGCAGCUGAGGCCCAUGACAUUCAAACCCCGCAUGGCGAGACGGAGCCAGCCUCGUUCUCCUGGACAUACGAGGAGGUGAAGGAGGUGCACAAGCGCUGGUGGCAGCUGAGGGACAACGCCACCGAGAUCUUUCUCACCAAUGGCAGGACGCUGCUACUGGCCUUCGACAACACCAAGUUCCGUGACGACGUGUACCACAACAUCCUGACGUCGGACCUGCCCAACCUGCUGGAGUACGGCAACAUUUCGGCAUUGACGCACCUGUGGGGCUCGGGCCAGAUAACCAACUUUGAGUACCUGACGCACCUGAACAAGCACGCCGGACGCUCCUUCAACGAUCUCAUGCAGUACCCCGUCUUCCCCUUCAUCCUUCGCGACUACACCAACGAGACCCUCGACCUGCAUGACCCCAGCAUCUACAGGAACCUCAACAAGCCAAUAGCCGUGCAGUCAAAGGAGAAGGAGGAUCGCUAUGUGGAUAACUAUAAGUACCUAGAGGAGGAGUAUAAGAAGGGUGCCCGUGACGAUGACCCCAUGCCGCCAGUGCAGCCCUACCACUACGGCUCCCACUACUCCAACAGCGGCACUGUUCUCCACUUCAUGGUCAGGAUGCCCCCUUUCACCAAGAUGUUCCUGGCCUACCAAGAUCAGAGCUUUGAUAUUCCUGACCGCACGUUCCACUCCAUGAACACCACGUGGAGACUCUCCUCCUUUGAGUCCAUGACUGACGUGAAGGAGCUCAUCCCUGAGUUCUUCUACCUGCCAGAGUUUCUGGUCAACAGGGAAGGCUUUGACUUCGGAGUGCGUCAGAACAGCGAGCGGGUCAAUCACGUGAACCUGCCACCGUGGGCGAGAAACGACCCGCGCCUCUUCGUCCUCAUCCACCGGCAGGCUCUGGAGUCGGACCAGGUGUCCCAGACGCUGUGCCAGUGGAUCGACCUGGUGUUUGGCCUCAAGCAGAAGGGCAAGGCCGCCGUUCACGCCAUCAACGUCUUCCACCCCGCGACGUAUUUUGGCAUGGACGUGUCUGCGGUGGAGGACCCGGUCCAGCGGCGUGCGCUGGAGACCAUGAUCAAGACGUACGGCCAGACGCCGCGGCAGCUGUUCAACGCCUCGCACAUCGGCCGCGCGGCGCCCAGACUCCUAUUGGAGGGGGAGCUGCCCGCCGCCAUGGGCCUCCUGGUGCAGCUAGCCUUCAGGGAGAACCGCGAGCAGCCCAAAGAGAUCACACACCCGAGUCCGUUGCCGUGGGUGAAGGGUCUGAAGUGGGGGGAGUAUGUGGGCUCCCCCAGCGCUCCAGACCCAGUGGUGUGCUUCAGCCAGCCCCAUGGGGAGAGGUUCGGCUCCCUGCUCGCCCUGCCCACCCGCGCCAUCUGCGGCCUCUCCCGCAAGUUCUGCCUCAUGAUGAUCUACAGCAAGGAGCAGGGCGUGAGGAGUAUGCACAGCACAGACAUCCAGUGGUCGGCCAUCUUGAGUUGGGGCUACGCUGACAACAUGCUGCGUCUGAAGAGCAAGCAGAGCGAACCGCCCAUCAACUUCAUCCAGUGCUCCCCACUGCACCAGGUGACCAGCUGUGCCUGGGUUCCGGACGGAUGCCAGCUGUUCACGGGCAGCAAAUGUGGAGUCAUUACCGCCUACAGCAACCGCUUCACCGCCACCACGCCGUCGGAGAUCGAGGUGGAGUCGCAAGUGCACCUGUACGGCCACACGGACGAGGUGACGGGCCUGUUCGUCUGCAAGCCCUACAGCAUCCUCAUCAGCGUUAGCCGAGACGGCACCUGCAUCCUCUGGGACCUCAACAGACUGUGCUAUGUUCAAAGCCUCACUGGUCACAAAAGCCCUGUCAAUGCGGUCUCCGCCAGUGAGACCACAGGAGAUAUAGCCACUGUGUGUGACUCCGUGGGUGGUGGCAGUGACCUGCGCUUGUGGACCGUGAACGGUGACCUGAUUGGCCACGUGCACUGCAGAGAGAUCAUCUGCUCCGUGGCUUUCUCCAACCAGCCGGAGGGAGUGUCUGUUAACGUCAUCGCUGGCGGGCUGGAGAAUGGCGUGGUCAGGCUGUGGAGCACGUGGGAUCUGAAGCCUGUUAGAGAAAUCACUUUUCCGAAGUCCAACAAACCCAUCAUCAGUCUGACAUUCUCAUGCGAUGGCCACCACCUGUACACGGCAAACAGCGAAGGGACGGUCAUUGCCUGGUGCCGGCGCGACCAGCAGCGCAUGAAGCUGCCCAUGUUCUACUCAUUCCUCAGCAGCUACGCUGCCGGAUGAGCUGCCCAUCUCAUCCUCGUCUCAGGAUGACCCUGAACGACCCCGCCACCCCCAGACCCACCCCCCGCCACCCACCACCACCAGAGAGGUGAUGUGCCAGCAUGCACCAGCCCCCCGCCCCAUCCCCCCAACACUCCAACCAAAUAUACAACACUGGCCUUUCAGGAGGACCCGAACAGAGAACUGAACUUAACGCAACAAUGAAAAGAGUGUGCUGGAAGCUACAAUAUGAAAAUAGUGUUAUGUACAAAUAAGACACACACACACACACACACACACACACACACUGUCAUGUAAUUAUAUAUAUAUAUAUGGCCGCUGGGUAACGCCAGGGCAAGAUGAAUGGAGGCCUUUCCCGACCUGCUUUGUCAAGUUGCGUUGGUUUCUUUUGAGGAGAGUUAGGUUUUUGUUUGCCAGCGUUGAUGUGUUGGUUUGUGACUCGUUUGUCACUUAUUGUACUGGCUGUUUGCUGUGUUGUUUUAAUCUGUUUCCAGUAUUUAUGUUUUUGUUUUGUUGUUGUUUUUGUUUGGUCUGUUGAACUGUUUCUGAUUUGGUGGUGUUGAAUUUUUGACUACUGAUGUGAAAGCUGCUAGCUUCUGGCCAGGCUGGGUGGGACGGACGGACCAAAAGGGUGAACAGCGCCAUCUCUCUGCCACCCUUGUGGCGGGCGUGGUUUGUUUGCCAAUCCCACUCCCCCCCACCCUAUAACCAACCGCCCCCCACGUCCCGGCUGAAGCUCAGAGACGAAACCCCUGCUGAAACUGCACCUUUCUCUGCCUGCUGCCAGAACCCCACCCAGCUGCUUUACCCCACCACCCCAUCCUCUUUACCCCACCACCCCAUCCUCUUUACCCCACCACUCCAUCCUCUACCCCCGUGCUCAACAAUAAAGCCUCCAGUUCAGCAGUCCAGUCCAGUCCUCUCCCACACCACUCUGUGUCACUGAGAAGAAGAAGGAGAAGAGCAGAGAAACAGCAGAGACGUGGAGCUCAUAAGACUGUGUCAUUGAUUGCAUCCCAGUCCAGCUUGUUCAUGUUUGAAUGUGAGAGGGUCACCGAGUCGUCCGUAACCCAUGUGCAUGUCGUAUGCAUUAACUGAUGUUAAUUAUGUUUCUUUUGUAUUUCUGAGCGAGAGUGACUUUUCAUUAUACCUUCCCCUCAACGCACGCACGCACACACACACACACACACACACACACACACACACACACACAGACGGGGAAGAGAAAACAGAACCAUCUGUCUGGAGUGCACAGUGAUCUUCGAGGUGAAUCCACCAGCUCAUCACUCUCAUUUGGAUCCGUCUUAUGUCUUAACAGCUUGGAGGAUCAUUCUCUGUUCUUCACAUUUCUCGAACUACAUUAGCGGAGGCCCUGGACUCGCUAGUGCAUUAAUGAAGAGAGGGAGAAAGAGGGAGGAAGGAAAAGAGAGGAAAAUGGAGAGUUAUACAGGGAGAGAGGGGAAGAGGAGGGGAGGGGGGCUUCGGGUAAUGAAUUAGCUUGAGCGCUAGCAGCCCUCCACACACACACACUCACACUCCUGCUGUGUGAGGCUUAUAGGCCGCUACCGACAGGAAGAUCCCAUUCACCGGGAGGCUGCUCAGGGACGCUAAUCCCAGGGAUUGAUUUGGUAAUCUUCCGGGCGAUGCUGUAUGCGCGCCGUAUAGGGGCUCAGCAGCCACAAAACCCUUGUUGCGGGCACCCCAGUGCAAACACGAGCUCACACACACACACACACUCACCCCAGUGCAAACACGAGCUCACAAACACUCACACACACACGGAGAGAGUUGCCUAAUGCAUCCCUAUUUUGGGUGUUGCUAAAAGCAGGUAGAUAUGUGCAUGGUACCUACAGACACAUGCAUUGUGUAAAAACACAUCGCACUGUUUUAUGAAGAGUACUUUUUCAGGGCCACCCGCUCCCCCUGAUCAGAAUGUAUUUUGUGUUUUGACCUAGUCCAACCUUUAACUCGGACCAAACUAUCCUAUUGAAAUCAAGAGCAUGGCGGCUGAUUGAUUAAAGCCCAGCGAUCACUGCAGAGAGGACGGGAGUCUGCGUAAACCUGGGAGUGUGUGUUUUAUGAGUGUGUUAAGCUCUCUGUUGUGUGGACCCACCUGUCUUAAUCUAAGCCUCAGUCACCAUUACAUCUGAGAUACUUGUUUUAUUUUUAUUUGAGCGCAAGAGUGUUUGAACCUUUUGUGUUUGCUUGUUUAGUUGUAUUUUUGUUGCAUUAAAAGAUGUCACUGUAUUAGAUUGUAAUAUAGCUAAAUAGAAUGAAAUGUUAUGUCUUAAAGUCAGGAAGGUUUACUCCUGUACUGAGAUUGUUGUUGGGCAUCAGAAUCACAGCAUGGAAUGGCCCUUGGGUGAAAGCCCCAGAUAUCUCCCUACAGUUCCUGGUUCCAGUCCUAAUUAUAGUUGGCCUUGGAGGUCUAAACUCCCUUGAAGUAUAAUUAAACUGAGCGCUAUCAAAAUGAAGAAAUUAUAAGCCAUGUUCAGCUUCCAGUUUGGCUGUUUUCUACCAGCAUGACUGGGUUCAAGGAGUGUUGAAUUGUUUUAUCUUUGCCUUGCUGAAUGUUUGUUACUGACAGCCUUUUCAAAAAAAAAAAAAAGAAUCAAGAACAUUUCUUUUGGGUAACAUUUCAGUCGUGUUGCAAAUCAUGUUUACAGAAAGGGAAGUUAUUUCAUCGUUCUUAUGUAGAGUUCACUACGUUUGUUUUGUUUGAUUCCCCUACCCUUAUUGCGCUUCUGGUAAUGUAAAGGUAAUUUAACCAAUUUCAAAGCUCUGUCCAAAUCGACUGAAGCAUAUUUGAUCAAUCAUGUUGGCUCUUCCAUUUAGCAUACGUAAAUAGGGAUAGUGCCUCUGACGUUUACAAUGUUUGCAUUUGUCUUGUGCUUUAUUUUCCAAGUGUUAACGCACAUUUUCCUUCUGGUCUGAUGCUUAGUCCAACUUUUUAUCGUAUGUGUACAGUGUCUGAUGCAUGAUUGUAUGAUUCUUUACAUUGUCUGAGACGUGUUGUGGAAUGCCACUGGGUGAGACGUUGUGUGAAUCUGUUAGGAUCAAGUGUGAAAGGAAAACAAAAAAUGUUGCAUUUUACGGCGAAAGAACUCACAAUGGGUUUGUUCUUUUUUUUUUGUUGAUGUUUGUUAAACUGAUAGAGCUUUACGUAAUUUAAGAUCCUUUGUAUAGAGAUUGAGCGGUCCGUGAGUUUCCGUGAAAGACGUGCUACGGACCACGUUCCUCCCACCCUGAUUGUUGUUGUGAGGGAGAAGCCUGAAUGGGACAUGUAUUUCUUAUAUUUUGUAUCUAUGAACGGACAAAAGUGAUCAGUAUAUAAUAUAUAUAUAUAUAUAAAUACAUACAAAUAUGAAUAUUUAAGAAA